GACCCCGACAGUGAGUGGGGCACUGUGGUUGGUUGCAGACUGUUCCAGCUGAAGGAGCGCGGCGCGGCCAUCCCGCUGUACAGCGUGCACGGGCACCCGCUGGACCUGCGCCAGCUGGUGGGCGGGCGCGACAAGUUCGUGCGCGUGUACGACCGGCGCAAGGCCAGCAAGCCGCUCGCCCUCUACUGCCCCUCCGGCUUCACCGAGGACAAUACCAACACAAAGAAGAAGAUGCGUCUGUCCAUGAUGCACCUCACGUGCGCCAUCUACAAUCACGACGGCACCGAAAUCCUCGGCUCUUACAACGAUGAAGACAUCUACCUGUUCAAUACCAAAAAUGAUGUUCACGUCAAAGGCGACACCAACCAGGAGAAGGAUGGCUACACGCACCGCUACACCGGACACCGGAACAGCGCCACGUUCAAGGGCGUGGCGUUCUUCGGCCCCAGGAGCGAGUACGUCGUCUCCGGCUCCGACUGCAGCCACAUCUACAUCUGGGAGAAGAAUUCGGAGGCCAUCGUGCAGUGGCCAGGAGAUGUUAACGGAGUGGUGAACUGCAUCGAACCGCACCCGCGGUUCCCGAUCCUGGCCACGAGCGGCCUCGACAAGGACGUGAAGAUCUGGGCGCCGUACAACCACAAGGACCCCACCUACAACAAGCUGAGUAAGGUGAUCCGCGAGAACAGCGCGUCGCAGCUCCACAGCCCGUUGUUCAACGACUUCCUGCCGACGCUGUACUCGGCGUGGCGCGGCGAGAACCGCCUCUACGACGACGAAGAUCUGCCACACACCGGCAAUAUCGAAUUUGACGGCAACAUUUGCACCACUUUCUAAAUUAUAUCGGACUUCUAGAAAUAAUGCCAGUAGUUAGUACAGAAUUCGACGGAAUUUACACCUUUCAAACACGCCGGAAAAUGUACAAAACACACAGCGCAUAAGUCGAGUAGGGUUUUCAUGAUUCUAAAUCCAGAUGUAAUAUGAAAAUCAGGUAUACUAGCAUCUAACUAGUAUUACAGGGUAUUGAUUUCGACGGAAACAUUAGUGCCACAUAUGACAUUACACACAUAUACGUAUAACAUCUAACAGUAUGUAUAACUGCAUGGUCAAUGUUAUCCAAUGUCUAAGAUACUGACUGUUGGCUAGUGUCAAAGUUCUUGAGCCUAAUUCUAUGGAGUAUGGAAAAUGUUGGCAUGUCUAGUUAGAAUCGCGUAUAAAACUGCAGUAUGUAUGGUGUAGUGUUCUCGUGGUGUGAGGAUUUCAGCUUGUCAAUUCAUCAAAUUAAAUGAUAAUUGAGCUCAUAGGGUACAAAUUAAAUUGACCUAUUUUACCCAACUGUAAGUAUAAUGAUAGGUUUGGCAACAAUAUCAAAAACUAAGCCCAGAUCUAUUCUCUUCAGGCUGAUUUAGUAUUCAUUACGUUUUGGGAAUUCAUUCAACUUGGACGCUAGAUGAAAUGUACCGACUAGCUGAUUAGAUGUAAAUGGAAACCCAGGUUAAAUACACAACUGGUACAUACACAGACGCCUUUCUAACGUUCGUAUAUACGUGUAACGGCUUUGUCUUGCUUCUUGAGUGAGACUUGAGAAGUAAAAUGAAACAUUGUAUUUAUAGACAUGAUCAUUAGUAAGGCCUUCGGUGAAAUAAAAGCGUGCCUACACUUGGAAGAAGUAGUGGUCAUCAUGCCAUGAGGAUUGAUUAUGAUUAUAUAUAUUUAUGGUGGCAAAAAGCAAGUUUACCAUCUUAGGCCAUUUUUGAAAUAUUAAAAUACUCUAUGAUUUUAAGUUUUUAUAUCAUACAAUGAUACAGUUAUUAAUAUACAUUUCUAGAUGUUUUUAUCUCUCUCAAGUGUACUAUUAGCUGGAAUACAUAUCCUAAAACACGAUAGUUUACUUUCUUUGUUUUAACCAAAUACUGUCUUUGUCAAUUGCUUCUUGAUCAGCUAUACUCAACCAGUGGCCUGCUGAAUUUACAAGUGGCUAACCUGGAUUCAAUGAAUUCAUAUUUUUUUCCUAAGAUCCCUUGAAGUUAUUAAAUAAUAAAAUCAUUCAUUUAAUCAUGAAUACUUUUAUGAAAAUAAAUAAUUAAUUAAUUAAUUGAUUACAUAUUUAACAUAGUAGAUCAUUGAAUUCAUGUUGCCUAUGGCACCAUGAAUAAGAUGUCUUUGUGCUCCAUAGAAAAAGAUUGAGUAUGGCUGUUGGGCAAUUUUAUCCACAUAAUAAAGUAAUAUUCAAAUAGUAUGUGUAUUCUAGGUAUAAAUAAUAGCUUGUAUAAGCAAAAAAACUUGUCGUAUUUUUGGACCACUGGUUCCCAUAGGGCGGGGAGUAUCGAGGAUGAUCAAAGAGGUAAUAACGAUGUCUUUAUCCCAAACAUAUUGGAAGUAGUAUCUCUAUUAUAAAUCGGUGUAUUGUACAUGUUUGUAGUUAAAAUAGGCUUAUACAGGAUGGUUUGAUAGGAGGUAUGAUCUAUAAGAUAAAAGGCGUUUAUGAUUUAACACCUAUUACACUCGUAAUAGGUGGUAUACUCUUGUAUAAGCUUUAGACUUGAAGGUCAGUUCGUUUUUUACCCAACGCGCAUUCUAGGAACACAACUGGAGUGUUUUUGAAAAUUGUCUCACUGACUCGCGUCGCGGUGCCAAACGCCAGAGCAGGACAACACCGGCAUAGUGGCCGCAUUGGUAGAUAGUUCAAUGUCUUGACGCGGCCGUCAAUGUAUAAAAAGCCAAUAUGUCAUAGAAAUUUUGAGGGAUAUAUAGCAAAUUGUACUUUCAAAACAUCCUGUAUAAUUCAGUUUUGUAGGUAAAUGUUUAUCAGUCACAAUAUGUUAACAGUUUUCUUUGCACUCAAUGAUGUAGUUUAGUGAAAUAAGAAUACGUAUUCUGAA